AUGUGGUCGUGGAACAACCUUCCUAUUUCAACCAGCGAACUUCUGAACAAGACUUUUGAUGUUUUCCACUGUAAAUUGAUUGACCAGGUGCACUUAAUGGACACUCCACAAUACAACAUGUCACUUAUAAUUGCAACACUGCCCAACAUUAAAAAGGUGUCGUCAUUUCUGGAUAUUACAAAUGAAAUCAAUUCGCGAGCACUGAAAGCACUUUUGCCGAAAACAAGCAGAGUCACCUUAUACCCAGAAGCUGAAUAUAACAACCCAGAAAAACUCCAAGAAACUUUGAUCGAAAAUCUGGAUUACAUAGAAAUCAUCGCGUUUGGUCGCGAUUUCCGGUUGAAUUUGGAUGAUGUUCUUAUUACGAAUGCUACUGAAGCCUAUUUUUAUGGUGUCAGUUUGAGAGAACAGGAUCUCAAUCGAUUGUUGAAAUUGUGGAUAACUGGAAAAUUUAAUACGCGGAUGGAACAUUUGAGAUUUGCUCUUCAGGAAGAAUUCAAUAGAGACAAUAUUCUGAAUGGACUGAACGCAAUUGAACUCCCCAGAACGACUACAAGAACUUUCGAAUUUCCAACGAGUCAAACGAUUAGUAGUAAAACUAUUUAUGGAGGUCACGAUAUUCGACGUGGAGAUGGAGAUUUGAUUACAGUUGAUAUUCUCCGCCCUGGUACGUUGUACGUUUACGAUAUUUAUUUUUGGUCAUAA